CAACUGUUCGCAGGUAUUACAGAGGCCACGUCAUAACGUAUCAAUAUUGAAGACACAAGGGUCAUUGUUACUAGGGUCUGUAAUCGACAAAAUUUGGCGUGCACCGUACAUCCGAAUACAACAUUAGCCACUAGCGUUAGAAAACGAAUAAUUAUCACACACACACACGAUGGACAAGCAAAACCAAGACAGUCACAACUGCUCACGUUUAAAAACGUACGCCGACAUACCAUACUUACAAUCGCUGCUUCUCCCAGUUUGUGAGUUGUAUGAAGACUCUGUGGCAUUGGAUAAUGCACUGAAAGAAAAGGAAAGAGAAUUGUCCAGUCUAAAACAACGCACAGCUAAUGUAGCUGGUGCGAAUAUGAAUUUUGGUGAUACAGAGAAUGUUGUAAACAUCUGCGAAAUAGAUAGCUCUACCUUGUUGGAAAAACAGUACAAAGAGUUCUAUGCUAACGAACGAAUGGAUGCGAUUGAGAAACUGGAUAAACUCCAGCCAAAUAAUUCAAAAGCAACAGAAAGACUUGCAUGCCGAGUGUUUGAAGUAGUUUAUGAAGAAACAAAUAAAACUGCCAGUACACUGAAAUCCGGAUUUAACGCUAUGAUGGUUAAUCCCUGUGGCAUCGACAAAGGGGAAAAUAGAGGCAAGUUUACAGCAAUUCUGUGUUGUGAAACAGGACCCAUUAAAGAUGGUGAGAUGUUGAAUAUGCAAAGAGAACUGAAUAAUUCUUUAAAAAACUAUCUGAAGAAAACUGCAACUAAAGUUGACAUUACAGGUAUCAUUGAGAAAUCAACCAGAAGGCUUAUUUAUGAGAUUCGUGAGGGGCACAGCAAUGAAAUGGUUCAACUGAUUUACGGCCAAUGCGAGGAAAAAGCUUUGCGGGGAUACGUUGACAAAUGCGCCCGGUUGUGUUGGCAACUCGAAGUUCAAACUCCCCCACUACAUGUUGACUACAGUCAAACGACAUUUGAUAGUAAUAAACAUAAGUGUCCAAAUGGACAACAUUCACCUGAUGCGGGUACUUCCCUGAUGUACUUGUGGCCAACUCUUUCACAAUCAGUGAGAAAAGGUGUAAUGGUAAAAGCUGAAGUUGUUUGCGUUAAAUCAAAAAGAACCCAUCCUGGGACUCUGGUUAUUGCCUGGAGGGUCUCUGCGAUAAAUGGGAUCCUAAAACGUGGUCGCAUUGCCAGGCGAGGUGGAAAGCUGGUAAAAGCCACAGCUGUCGAUGAAAUGUCUGAUUCAAUGAGUGAAAAAUCUCUCCCUCCACUUGGUAAUCGAGACGAGGCUCGCCUUCGAUCGAGAACUGAGAGUGAUCGAGAGGUGUCACGAUCUGACUCCCUGCUUAAACUAAAUUCUCUCAAUGUGGAGUUAGUUUCCCUGUUCGAUGUUAAUGAGACAGGCACCGUUCCACCGCUUUUUCCAGCGGAUCGGAGUUGCCAGUCACCACGAUUACCAAUGUCGGUAAACGGAGUAUUCCUAAUGGGGCACUGA